AUGGUUUGCGACGAAUGCCACAGCGAGAUACAUGGCAUCGGUUACGGGUGCGUCAAGUGCGAGAAGUUGGACUUUUGCUACAAAUGCAUUGACCCGGCAAUAAUUGAACAUAAUCCGACUCAUCGAAUCAGGACUCACAACAACGCCGUUUACUUCGCCUCUGGCCAUUCCGUUGUAUCUGUGCAAGGAUACGCUUCUUUUCAAGCAAACCUUCGUGACGCCUGCUCGAAGUCAAAGAAUCAUCUGCCGUUCGUUGUUAGAGGCUUCUUCGUGGAUAAAAUAACGAAAAUUGGCCUGGGAGGCAUCAUUCAGCGCCGUGUUAACGGAUUUAGGGUCGAUCUGCCUUGGGAAAAUUGGACGCAAUUGCUAGGAUUGAAUCAGGUCAAUGGCCUCGAAAGUGAAGGAACUAAGAAUGCAGCAUUUCUUAGGGCGCUGGUAGGCAACAGGCUCUUAUUAGAAGGGGAACGGGGUGUCUCCCACUUGCCCAAUAAGGUUAUGGAGAUGUUAUACAUGAAUAUCGGCGAAGACAAAUGGGCGUGCGAUAUGGAGCACCCGACUCAACUCUUGUCUUCGACGGAAGUUAUGUUAUCGAACGAUCGAAGACUGGCAACUUCGGCAAAGUACCUGGGAUUCGUGCCCCCUGAGACUAGAGCAGGAGAUCGAAUUGCUAUUCUGAUUGGAUGUUCAGUGCCGGUUGUAUUGAGGGAUGUAGGACAUCUCCACGGAAUGCCCGUGUGGCAGCUGGUCGGGGAGUGCUACAUUGAUGGGAUUAUGGAAGGGGAAUUCAUCGAUUUCGCAGACGAGAAGAACCUUGAACCAGAGAAAAUUGUUCUCGUGUAG